UCCCCACCCCAGAUCCCUUCUCAUUGCAAACGUUGACAGCCUGCACGCCCCUCACCACCUAUCCUCCUCCUCCCCCAGUGGUGCAACAGAGACCCGCGGUGCAAGAAGUUACAACUCACGGACCUGCUGGUGGCUCCGGUGCAACAUAUUAUGAAGGUGCCACUCAUUCUGCGGGACAUCGAAGGCCGGACUGAAGACCCACAGGAACGUUCUGUGGUCAGGGAGAUCAUUGAAGCCGAAGAGCACUCUCUCAGAGAGCUGGACGACAAGAUGAAGUGGCUCAAGAACUUCGAGCGUCUUCUUGAGAUCCAGAGGAACAUUGUCUGGCCCCCUGUGACGGAGCUAGACCCUAAGGUCUACAUCCCAGAGUUCCUGAAGGGAGCCAUCUCGCGGCAGCCUUGUGAACGACUGAUCGUGUCGCCGCGACGACAGAUCAUCUUGGAGGGCUCCUUGCACAUGCUGGACCACAACAAGCCCCAGGAGAUGUACGUCAUCCUCUUCGACGACAUGCUCCUCAUCACCCGCAGGAAGAAGGGACUCCAUAAAAAGAAAUCGUCGCUGACGGAGAACUGGCCGAGUUCGUGUUCCCGGGGAUCGACGGGGAGCGACUCUGCCCUUCGCUACAUUGUCUACAAGCAGCCUCUCUCUCUGGACCGCUUCUUCAUCCACGAUGUCACACCCCACGAAUCGGCGGCCUCCAAGCUGGAAGCUGCCUUCGUCCUGGUGAACCUGAACCGCUUCCAGCAGAUCGUCGCCGUGUACACCUUCCAGGCGCAGACGGAACAGAUCAAGCAAACGUGGCUACUGAAGCUGAGAGACACUCAGGACAAGUGGAAGAGAACACUGCAAAACACAGUGUUCAGAUCUCAGCGCCUCUCGUCAGCCACCACGCCCCCUAGGAGCUCUCAUAUCCUGAAGGAGGCCAGUAUCCACAGGGAGUACCCGUGAACAACCGUUCGGCAACAUCUAGGAUCUCAUUCCCCCGGAAGAAGUAGAUGAAGACGAUCUUCCUUCUCUACGCGCUAUAGUGCCUGGCACCUCAUCGCACGCACCGAGAUGCGAAGUGGUUCUUCGUCAGGGAGUUGUCGACUCUCGCUCGGAGGCUCUGGACGAGAGACCACAGACAGAGCGACGCGUGACCCAGUCUGGGUCACGCCCGCCGUCAUAUCCUGGGCUUCAACUCUUCGUACUCUUCAUUCAUCACCUCAAAAUGCACUUCCAUCUUCAUAACACAUCCACUCAUGGAUAAUCGUUACUUCGAUACACUCGCCCUGUUCAUACAAAGUAAUAAUUUUUAUAUGGAAAAAGUCAUAUAUAUAUAUAUAUAUACAUAUAUGUUUUCCUACUACGAUAGAACUAUCGUUUAAUGGUAACUAUCCUCACACCUAUUCUCAUUUAUUCCUUUCAUCUCUUCCCAAACCACGAACCUCAUCUUGCCCUUGCCGGAUACUGCACCUCUUUCAUAACGGCCACCUGCAGUACACAGACCGGUCCUUGGAACCAACGGACAUCAUCAAUAAAACCUUUCCGGCCACUAUUAUCCCCACUGACUUGAGGUCGUUGGGAAGAAGCCAAUGUCAUCUUCUGGAAACCAAAAAAAGUUCACUAAUUCAUCAUCACUGAAGCCUUUUGAGAACUUUCAGAUAAAACAAAUGUUAAAUAAAUUGUUAAUGUUUGAUUAUUAUUCACCAAAAUAAAUGCCAUCGUGAGGUCAAGACCGACAGCAAUGGACCACCAUGGUCUAGACCGACAGCAAUGGACCACCAUGGUCUAGACCGACAGCAAUGGACCACCAUGGUCUAGACCGACAGCAAUGCACCACCAUGGUCUAGACCGACAGCAAUGGGCCACCAUGGUCUAGACCGACAGCAAUGGGCCAUCAUGGUCUAGACCGACAGCAAUGGGCCACCAUGGUCUAGACCGACAGCAAUGGGCCACCAUGGUCUAGACCGACAGCAAUGCACCACCAUGGUCUAGACCGACAGCAAUGGACCACCAUGGUCUAGACCGACAGCAAUGCACCCCCAUGAUCUAGACCGACAGCAAUGGGCCACCAUGGUCUAGACCGACAGCAAUGCAACACCAUGGUCAAGACCGACAGCAAUGGACCACCAUGGUCUAGACCGACAGCAAUGCACCACCAUGAUCUAGACCGACAGCAAUGGACCACCAUGGUCUAGACCGACAGCAAUGGACCACCAUGGUCUAGACCGACAGCAAUGCACCACCAUGGUCUAGACCGACAGCAAUGGACCACCAUGGUCUAGACCGACAGCAAUGGGCCACCAUGGUCUAGACCGACAGCAAUGGACCACCAUGGUCUAGACCGACAGCAAUGCACCCCCAUGAUCUAGACCGACAGCAAUGCAACACCAUGGUCUAGACCGACACAAUGGACCACCAUGGUCUAGACCGACAUUGCAACUUGACAGACACGCAUCUAAUUGUUGAACCUGUCACUUCAAGCGUUCGGCUCGGACAUAAACUCAUUAAGAAAAUUAUAUAUUUGAAUACAUGUUAUUCAUAUUUAUUAUUAAUAUUACUAAAAAGUAUCCACAUGUGGAUUUGAUACCAAAUUCCAAACAAAAAUCGGAUCAAUAUUAUUGUUUGAUCUUGUAUUCCGCAAUGUCAACGAUUCUAUAAUUUUGCAAUAACUGAUGACAUGGGUUUCCCAAACGUGGCUUAAACGUUUGAUUUGUGGCAAACUAAGUUUCCACAGCACAUUACAGACGUACGCUGAAAAGUUUGGAGAAGCUCCGAAACGUUUCUGAGAGACUCUUGAGUAGUCUGGACAAUCCCUGAACAGUGCAGAACAACGAUUAGAAUACACAGGUGAACAAUCCGGACACGUCGUGAACAGUUGGAACACCCAGUGAACAGUCCAGAGAAGGUGUGGCAGGUCUGGCGCAUGAACCAGACACAGCUCUUGCCCCUCGACCAUUACUCUUACCUCAAGACUUAACAAUCAGGAAACAGACAAUAACACUCUGGACACUUCUGAUCACGUUCUCAACACACGCACCGAUGACUAGAGUGGUCAGGUGACCAGUCAUCAGUCGAUAGCGGUCAGGUGAGCACUAUCCACCACAACCACCGACCACGCUCGAUAAGUGAACGCUGGAGCGAUCACGCUGCUGCCCUAUAUGUGAUAAUUAAAGAUAAAUACCCCUUUAUCAUCUACACUUAACAUUUUAGGUUUAAACAAUAAAUAAAAAAAACGCCUCAUAGAACUGUAUAAAGUAUUUUGAAGUAAUAUUUAUAUGUUUGUAUCCCCUCCUCCCCCCUCCUUCGCCCUACUACCUGUGCACAUCUCUUUUUAGAGCUACGCGGGGCUCUACGCUCCAAGCAAGACUUAAGGUAAACAGUCACUGACCUCCCGGGGGAAGUGCUCUUCAAGGCUCGUAAUAAUAGCUCUAUGAUUAGGAAAAUGAGCCGAUGAGGACUGCACUUUCUUUGGGUUACACGUCAGUCUCCUCACUUACUAAGACAUUGUGAUUUUUGUAUAUAAAUAAAAAAUGAAGUGUGGAUUCUCUGGCAUCCUCGAGACGCUGCUCUCGGCCGAGGAAGCUGUGAUGGAACGCUGGAUGUUGUUUCUCACGACAUAUGCCAGCUUACAUAGGACCUUCCUAUAUAAUAUGUAUAUACAUAAACCGCAAUUUAAAUUAAAUGAAACUCUCGUAGUUUUCAAAACAACAGCUAUAAUUUCCUGUAUCAUUCCUGAUCUAAUGCAUUUCUAAAUUCAGUAAUAUUCUUAUGUGUUUUAAUCACUAAAUGUUUCAUGACCACCAAUACAAAGCUAGAAGAGCCCCAGUUAUAAACGUUACCAUUUUUGUAACGUUUUCACAUUUUAAUAUUACCAAAAAAGAUUCAUAAUAUUCAAGUUAAUACGUUUGUGUGCAAAUGAUUUAUCCCACUUGCCAAGGUCACUUCGGGACAUCUCGGGUUAUCUUGGCGGAAAGUUCCUCUUGAUUCAGCCUCCAGCAGGAGACUGACUGAUGCCAGCGGAUCACGGCUCGUCACAGACUUUUACUGUACUGGCGUACGACGAGCAUAGAUGUGUGUGUGUGUGUGAGCGAGAGUUAAGAGUGUCGAGAGCAGCAAAUGCGAUCGCUGUGAGGAUACGAUUGUUGUGAGAAUGUGAUUGUUGUGAGGAUGCGAUUGUUGUAAGGAUGCUGCUGUGUGAAUAAUGAGAGAGGAAUGAGUGUGUUUGAUCCUCCGGGAGUAACUCACUCGACACCUUAAUCACCUCACGUUUGCUGGGUUGCCUUGUACACUGUGUACUUCCUGCACCAAAAUGUAGUGUAUUUUCCCCCGGUUUUAAAAAGGUCAUUUACGUGUAUCACCAUGUUACAUAAUCUGGCUGUAAAUAUUUAUUUGGCUGUUAGGACCACAUUUUUUGUACUUUGUAAAUGCCCUGUGUCUUAGAUUCUCUUUAGAGAGUCGUGUAGAGGACAAGGCAGGUAGCCAGUUUCUCUGUUCGUGGAGAGAUUUCUCACAGUUCUUUCCAAUACGAUUAAGCAAUGUAAUAAGCAUUAAUAUUAUUACACUUUUCAUUUGAAAAUUAUUGUUGAAUCUCUCAGUCAAAUUAUGCUUCCUGAAAAGGGUAAUUCUUGCUUUUGUGUUAAUUAUUCGGAAAUUAUCAGAUUUUGAACAUGAACAUAAUUGUAAUAAAGAAGUCUAAUGUAAGAUGUUAAAAAAAAUAUAUAAUAUUUUAAAUUUAUAAGUUAAAUAUAUAUUUUUUUAUA